CUGUUACCACCUCUAUAUAUAGCUUUUAUGCUUCAGUAGUAGGAAUUCAUCUACAAACACAAAUCCAAAUAUUUCUUCUUCAUAUCCCAAUUAAUCACUAAUAUUAAACUUCCAUUCUUGAUUAUCAUCUUCAUUAAUGGAUUCAAAACAAUCAUCAAAACUAGUGUUCACAGUAAGGAGACAAAAGCCAGAGUUAAUAGCUCCGGCAAAGCCAACUCCACGUGAAACUAAGUUUCUUUCUGAUAUUGAUGAUCAAGAAGGUCUUAGAUUUCAAAUUCCUGUUAUUCAAUUUUACAGUAAGAAUUCUUCUAUGGGAGGGAAAGAUCCUGUUAAUAUUAUUAAAAAGGCUAUAGCUGAAACACUUGUGUUUUACUAUCCAUUUGCUGGCCGGCUCCGGGAAGGAAAUGGCCGGAAACUGAUGGUGGAUUGUACCGGCGAAGGGAUUCUGUUUGUCGAAGCGGACGCUGAUGUUACACUUGAGGAAUUUGGAGAUGAACUUCAGCCUCCAUUUCCAUGCUUAGAAGAGCUUCUUUAUGAUGUUCCUAACUCUGCUGGAGUUCUGCACUGCCCUUUGCUUCUUAUUCAGGUAACUCGUCUAAGAUGUGGUGGUUUUAUCUUCGCGCUAAGAUUAAACCACACAAUGAGUGAUGCACCCGGUCUCGUCCAAUUCAUGACUGCAGUGGGUGAAAUGGCACGCGGUGCAUCUGCUCCAUCUAUACUUCCAGUCUGGUGUCGAGAAUUGCUAAAUGCAAGAAAUCCGCCUCAAGUGACAUGUACACAUCACGAAUACGAUGAAGUACCCGAUACAAAGGGCACAAUUAUCCCCUUAGACGACAUGGUUCACAAGUCUUUCUUUUUUGGCCCUUCUGAGGUCUCAGCACUUCGCAAAUUUGUCCCUCAUCACUUGCGUAAGUGUUCCACUUUUGAACUACUCACAGCAGUCCUUUGGCGUUGUCGAACAAUGUCCCUAAAACCUGAUCCAGAAGAGGAAGUUCGCGUUCUUUGCAUUGUCAAUGCACGUUCGAGGUUCAAUCCUCCUUUGCCUACUGGCUACUAUGGCAACGCCUUUGUAUUCCCCGUAGCAGUCACAACUGCGGCUAAGCUGAGCAAAAAUCCACUAGGAUAUGCACUCGAGUUAGUGAAGAAAACAAAGACGGAUGUGACUGAAGAAUAUAUGAAAUCAGUGGCAGAUUUAAUGGUGUUAAAAGGUAGACCCCAUUUUACAGUGGUGAGGACUUAUCUUGUAUCAGAUGUGACUAGAGGUGGAUUUGGAGGAGUGGAUUUUGGAUGGGGAAAAGCAGUAUAUGGUGGACCAGCUAAAGGAGGAGUGGGUGCAAUUCCUGGUGUGGCUAGUUUUUAUAUACCAUUUAAAAACAAGAAAGGUGAGAAUGGAAUUUUGGUUCCAAUUUGUUUGCCUGGUUUUGCUAUGGAAACAUUCAUCAAAGAACUUGAUGGUAUGUUGAAAGGUGAUGCUCCAUUAGUCAACUCAAACUAUGCCAUUAUCAGACCUGCCCUAUGAGAUAAAUUGUGUCGAAUACUUUUUUUCUAAAGGCCAUGGAGUUUGCUCUUUUUUGUGUGUAUGUAGUUUCAAAUGUUGUAAGUUUGCUCUUUUAUCACAUGGUGUAAUUUUAAAUGUUGUAAGUGUGCAGGCUUGUUAACUUGAUUAUGUGUGUCCGUUGCUCUUUGAUUAUCUUUUGUAUCACAAAUAUAAUGGCCAGUAAAAGAUUAUUGGGCACAUUCUCUA